AUCAUAACAUUAACACCUGUUCAGUCGAUUUGCUUUAAAAGGACUCCCACAGUCCCACUACAGUCCUUGAUGUGUAAGACCGAUCGCCUCACUUGGCCCAUGUUAACAGUCAUUUUUUGUGUUUCGGUUUACUCUUUUUGAUUUUCCGUGUUGAAAUAUAAUCUGAGCAUUCUCUAAAUUUUUUAGAUAGAAGUAAAGAUAGCACAACGACCAUCUGGGUCACUCGAUUUUAAACUCCCACAAACGCAUUCAAGCAAGUUUUUCUGAUUUUUUCAAAACCCUAAGUCACUUUGAGGAUGAGUACGCCUGCUAAUAAUUUUGGAAUCUCCUGUAAACGUGAAGAGCAUUUUUCCACCCAUUGGCCUCAGUUUAAUACAAGUGGCCAAAAAUGUGGGUUUAGUUCUAAUGCCGAAUGUCAAUCUUUCAAGAGACCCAGAAUGAUGAAUUCAAAAAUGGGGCCGGAAGAUAACAGGUCUAUGAACCUUGGUCCUCAACCACCAUGCUUACAAUUCAAAAGGUGGGGUAGUUGCAGUUAUGGCAACGAGUGUCGUUAUGCUCAUAUUACUGGGCGUCUGAACGGCAUUAGGGUUGAGGAUCAAAGAAAUCUCAGUAAGCCGAAAUCAUGUCAUUAUUUCGAUAGUGGUAAAGAGUGUCCAUAUGGAAAUAAAUGCCAUUUUCUUCAUGAACGCAAUCAAAAACUUGAGGGAGGCGUAGGUUUUUGCAGGGUUAGCUCUGCGAUAAGUAUUGCGACUAGUGGGCGUGAACACAAGAGGACUGUGGAGUUACGUAAAGAGUUACUGAAGACCAAGUUUUGCGUCAACUGGGAAAGGACUGGUAGCUGUGCAUAUGGUUCUAAGUGUCAAUUUGCUCAUGGGAAAGCAGAACUGCAGACUCUUGGUUCCUCCAAUACACUGGAGCCGUUGGGAACCAGUGGCAUUUCUGCUCCAGCCAAAACUGCGGCAUCCGAGUGUAGAUUUUUAUUCAAGUGGACUAAUGUACAGAAGAUCAGCCAGAUCUAUGCUGACUGGAUUGAAAGGGUGCAGCUUGUCCCGUUAUCAUCACACACAAUGGAGAACUGAAGAACCUGAACUUGUGGCACUUUGAUCAAUUUUUGAAGUGGUGAAUUGGCUGCCUUUUACGUAUGCAGGGGAGACAGUUUUGAUAACUCUUUAGUUCAAAAUGCUACUUGCUUGAUGUAUAGCACUUCAUUUUUUGUUUGAAGAAACCUGCCUUAUUAUUGUCUUGUGAAGUGAAUGUAUAGUGUCACAAAUCAGAAUAGGCUCAUAGCUUCAGCAAUGUAUGAUGAAUGGUGCAAGUCAAAAGUACAGUCUCUACAACAAUAGUUUCAGCAAAGAUAUACACAUCUAACAGAAGAGGGCUUCGUGAAUAUGGGGUGUCUUGUUAUUUAGUAGUGUCCAUUGAGUUUUCUAUUUUU